AGGUUAUGGACCCAGACGAAGUACUCAGCUCAACGUCUGGAAAAGCAAAUUUUUAUCGUAUUGCACGACUUUUGAUAAGUGGAGGUACCAGCCUUCUGAGGGAGAUAUUUGACGCUCGUUGUCCACCGAGCCAACUUGCCAAAAUAUUGAGUGCUCCUGCAACAAAGCGACUUCUGAAAGGAGCAAGAUUGACUAAGCCACAGUGGGACUAUCUUUACCCCUCCCCAGGAGUGUAUGGGAAAUCGACAGAUUUUGAUGUCACGCUGCUUACUAGAUUACUGAGAACAAUAUGCAGCAUUCCUCCUCCUUCAGCGGGAUGGGACACGCCACCGUCAAACACAGACCACAAGUUAGCAGCGGAUUUAGUGAGAAUAAGGCUUUUACGAAAUUCGGUUUAUGGACAUGUAAGCCAGAUGAUGGAGAUUGCAGACGAAGAGUUUCCACGUCUUUGGCAAGAGAUUAGUAAAGUUCUCUUUAGAAUUGCGGGACACUUUGGCCAUGAAAAGCAACAGGAGUGGCAAAAGGCCAUCGAUAAGUUUUUAAAAGAUCCCCUUACAGAAAAAGAUGAUAUAAAUGUUGAUGAAUUGAAGAGAUGGUAUGAAAAUGACAUAGAGGUGAAGAAGGCCCUAGGAGAGCUUAAGGUUGCAACUCAAGAAGGAAUGGCUCAUUUGGAAACGGCAUUAGGACGCAAAGUGGAAACAACAGAACUCAAAUUAUGCGAACAUUUUCAGACAGUUGUGGAAACGGUGCAAGAAGACAUCAAAGAUCAGUUGCGGAAAAUGCAGCAGGCAAUAGUCAGCUCUAACUCAACAGCUACCGAUGGUGAGUGUUGGUAAUGUUAAAAAAUUUUCCACGGCAGAGAGUCAAUCAAUCAGUUUCCCAGCCAAACUCUGCUGAUUAGUUGAUAUACAAAAUGUUUUAAUUGAAUGGUAAGCUUAUGCACAAGCUAAGUUUAAACGAAACGGGUCUCCAUUAUAUUUCAAGAGUUUAGAGUUGAGAAAACAAAGAUUGGUUAAAUAAUAGUUACCUGUUGACUGUCUCGUUCGUAUUAGUACAUAAGGCCUGCAGAGAGUCUCUUCACCCUUCUCUUUUAGCUGUUGCCGCACCACAACUCUGCAAGGUUGUCAUACCUCCUCAUUUCUUUCCCCGAAUGUGCGUCUUUUAUUUGCUGAUGUUUUGGGGGCUGAAGAUCAUCUUUAGCCAAACAAAUGCGCUCUGGCUCUUCAAUUCUAGUUUUGACGUUGCUACUAAGUCGUUCCUCCUCUCAGACUGUCUCAAACAAUUGACCGAACUCAUCUAACUCCUCAACAUCUUGUCCAUCCAAACUAACGCUGCCUGUAAGGUGGAAGGUCAGGAUUAGUAUCACCACCCGCAGGGAAUUUCUUCAGAUUUUAGAAACUGAUUUUUCUUGGUAACUUAUAUUGCAUCAAAUCGCUGUCCGUUCACAUAAUAUGGCUUCAAGAUAAGACAAAAGGAAGAUAGGCGAGGCGUGAUAAGUCAUAAAAGAAAUAAGACAAGGAGCUUUUUUGCACAUUUGUCUAACAAAACAUACAAAAGUAGAUUGAGUGAUUGCUUAUAUCAUAGGUUACAAAUUUUGUAUGAAAUGAGUACGGGACUUUCACUUCCACUUCCCCUGAGUAGUAUACAAUCUAAACUACUAGUAUUUCUAGUAUAUAUCUUAACUGUUAGAUACUGAUUAUUUAGCGAACACUGUUUUGCUUUUCAAACCCAGGACAGCAAUUGCUAAUAAUUUCUUUUUAUACUAAGGAUUUAAAGGAGCUGUGUCACGAAAUUGAGCCAAAUUAGGAAAUUACAAAAUGCCCGUUAAAUUAAGAGAAACAUAAAACUAACCGCUUAAAACUUUAAAGGAAGGUUAAAAUAACAUAACCGAAACAACAGAUGCCACGGAUGGGCAAAACUGAAUUAGAUUGAGAUUAGGGUUUUUGAAAACUGUUCAGCCUAACAGUUUUUCAAAGUUGAUCCCUGCUGCUUGCAACUUCAAUAAUAAUGCUCAGGAGACACAUUUGUUUGUCUCGGAUCUCUGAUUUUGCCAUUUACAUGUAAUUUCUUUGCUUACUUUAAGUUCCGUAGCGAUUGAGGGCGAGCAAUUGGCAAAAUUAAACAAAAUGAACUGGACUGCCGUGACACAGCCCCUAUAAAUCCUCUUGAUUGCUAAUAUUAAUAUACAUUCUGUUUUUUUUUACAAGCCACGACGACUUCCACGACCAAAUGCAAAGACGAUAGCACUAAAAAUGGAGGGCAGGAGGAUCAGCACUGUUUCCCGAAUGCAAACAAGACUCCGCCAGCCGGGCAUGGUUUUGAUAGUUAUAAUAGAGAAAACCUACCAGCGCAAGACCAAGGCUCAGAAGACGUUUCAAAAGAUGAGGAACUAGAGAUUAUUAAAGAUGCAGAGGAUGGACCUCCUUAUAUCCGUAAACUUCAAGUAAAAGAAGAACUGUCAUUGUCAAAAUCAAUGCUCUCCAGAAAAUCUAUUGGUGAAAUAAGACAGUCUCCAGAAAAGGUGUUACUGAUGAUCGGUGCGACUGGGGCUGGGAAAAGCACUCUGAUCAAUGCCAUGGCCAACUACCUUAAGGGCGUCAAAUGGGACGAUGACUUCCGUUUCAAGCUAAUAACAGACGAUGAACCAACGAGUUACCUCACUGCUUACACAUUUUACCCGGCUAUUGAUGAGUCCCCAAUUCCUUACACGUUCACAGUAAUUGACUCUCCUGGGUUUGGUGGAGCAGACGGAUUAAGAAGAGACAAAGAGAUCACUGAGCAAAUAAAGAAGUUCUUUACUAUCCCUCUACCAGAAGGAAUCGACCAUCUCGAUGGAAUUGGCUUUGUCAUUGAUGCUUCACAAGCACGCCUUACUCCAACGCAGAAGUACAUAUUCGAUUCAAUCCUGUCAAUAUUUGGCCGUGAUGUUUCUCGAAAUAUCUUCACGAUGAUUACCUUUGCAGAUAGUCAAACUCCUGCUGUUUUAGACGUCAUCAAGGAGUCCGAAAUUCCAAGCCAGAAUGAAAAAAUUUUUAAGUUCAACAACUCUGCUCUUUUUGCGUCGAACGUUGCUCAAGAAGAAAUAAUCUAUGAUAAAAAGUUCUGGGAAAGGAAUACGAGUUCCCUCGACAAAUUCUUCUUGGAAUUCCCUAAAUCUGAAUGUGUCAGCCUUCAUCUCACUAAGAAAGUACUGAAGGAACGAGAACAACUGUACGUUUCACUUGAAAGUCUUAAAGACCAAAUCAAAUUGGGACUGGACAAAAUGGAAGAGAUGAGACAGGAGGAACUUGUUUUGCAAAAACACGAGCUAGAAAUUGAAGCAAACAAGGAAUUCACUUUUAAAGUCACUAUUACUAAACCAGUUCAUGUCAGCCUAGAAGGGAGAGGACAACACACCACCACAUGCAUUAAAUGCCAGAGCACUUGUCAUAAGAAUUGUAAAAUUGCUGAUGAAAGGAAAAAGUUUAACUGCAGUGCCAUGGGAGAGGAAGGCAAAUGCAGAAUUUGCCCUCUUAGUUGCAUUUGGUCUGACCACAAGAACGUUCCUUACUUGAUCAAAAAUGAAGUGUUUACUGAGCAAAGAACAUUGGAAUGCCUUAAAAUGAAGUAUCUCAAAGCGGUUGACGAAAAGGCAAUAGCAAAACAGAUGAUGAAGUCGUUGGCGGAAUCUCUAGAAAAUGUACAUGUAGUAGUUCUCAACAAAAUAAGACAAGCUCAGAAAAGUGUUCGUCGUUUGAAUGAAAUCGCCCUUAAGCCAAAACCACUCACUGAAGCAGAGUACAUUGACCUACUUAUUGAAUCCGAAAAAAGAGCUGCCAGUCCUGGGUGGGCCCAACGUGUCAAAUACUACGAAGUGGCAAAACGUCAUGCUCAGCUUCUCUCCAAAGCAAAGGAUGAAGAUGAAAGCGAGAAACUAGUUCGAAGGCUCUCCCGGCAAGUUUCAGACAUCAGCGAGGAGGCAAGGAAAACACUGGAAAACUUGUCCAUUGAUGAUGGCGAUUCUGACCCUUGGUUCUCAAGAUUCAAGUUUUAGUGACAUUAAUGCAAACGACCAAACCCAGUUCAAAGGUGUUACAUUACAAUUAGGCAAAAUGUCCCGUCGAACCUCUCUAUUACGUAAUGGGCAGCCCCCAGGGAAGGUUCAAAGUUCUUUUUAUAAUUUCCACCUACGAACAAUUUUAACUCCAGGAUUCCCGACUUAUCUAGGAAGGCCGAAGGGCCUCUGCUCGCAGGGUACUAGUACCUAGACGCUAGCUAAAGAAGGGGUUUGUGUGUGUGUGUAUGUAUUUAUAAGGAAGGGGGCGGUUAAUACACUGUAACCCCUUAAUGAAGUUACUAGAAGAAUAAAAUGGUCACGUGACCUAAUUUUAAAAAUUGCUGUUUAACG